UUAUGUAUAUAUAUGAGAGAGAGAGGGAGAGAGAGAGAGAGAGUGAAAAGGAGAGAGAAAGAGCUGCAAAAUGUUGCAGAGUCUUAUUGCAGAGGUUGUGGCAGAUUGUUUUUUAACUUUAUUCAUGUAAAAUAAUUCUCUCCCUCUCUCUCUCUCUCUUCAAGCUUUCUCUCUCUAGUUGUUACAGUUGUAUUUAGAGGUCUUCUGUCUAUAUGUGGCAGAAGAAGAAAGAAAGAAAGAAAAAACGAUGUGAUUGAACAAACAGAAGAAAGGAAAAUAAAGCUGUAAUCUUUUUUCAGUUCUUAAAAUUUGCUUUGAUACCCAGAAGUGUUUUCUGCUAUUUAAAGAUUAAAGUAUGUAUCUUUACUGAAAUGGAAGUGAAUUGAGUGAGAAAGUGAGGAGUGUGGUGUUCUUCUUCUUCUUCAUAACUGGUUUUUCUAAUGUCUGUAAGAAGAAGAAGAAGAAGGGGUUUUUUAGUUUGAAUGAGGUUUGAUUUGGUGUAAAGUUAUGGCAUUUCGAGUUGGGUUUGUUCUUCUUCUGGUUUUGCUCCCUUUUGGUAGAGUGGAUUCUGAUGAUGGAGAAACACUUUUGGAGAUUAAGAAAUCAUUUAGAGAUGUUGAUAAUGUUUUGUAUGAUUGGACUGAUUCACCUUCUUCAGAUUAUUGUGUUUGGAGAGGUAUCACUUGUGAUAAUGUCACCUUUAGUGUUCUUACACUUAAUUUAUCAAGUUUGAAUCUUGAUGGAGAAAUUUCACCAGCUAUUGGUAAUCUAAAGAGUGUGCAAAAUAUUGAGUUGAAAGGAAACAGAUUAUCAGGUCAGAUCCCAGAUGAGAUUGGUGAUUGUUCAUCUUUAAUAAACUUGGAUUUGUCAUUCAAUGAGCUAAGUGGAGAUAUACCAUUUUCAAUCUCAAAGUUAAAGCAACUGGUGUUUCUUAUAUUGAAAAACAACAAGUUAAUUGGACCAAUUCCUUCAACAUUAUCUCAGAUUCCCAACUUGAAGAUUUUAGACUUGGCACAAAAUAAUCUUAGUGGGGAAAUACCAAGGCUUCUAUAUUGGAAUGAAGUUCUUCAAUAUCUUGGUUUACGAGGGAACAACUUGGUCGGUACUCUUUCCCCGGAUAUUUGCCAGUUAACUGGAUUGUGGUAUUUUGAUGUGAGGAACAACAGCUUAACCGGUAGUAUUCCCCCGAAUAUAGGGAACUGCACUGCCUUCCAAGUCUUGGACUUGUCUUAUAACCAGCUCACAGGGGAGAUUCCUUUCAAUAUUGGAUUUCUUCAAGUAGCUACAUUAUCAUUGCAAGGUAAUAGAUUAUCGGGGCAUAUACCUUCUGUGAUCGGUCUGAUGCAGGCACUUGCUGUAUUAGAUUUGAGUUCCAACAUGUUAAGUGGAUCGAUCCCUCCUAUUCUGGGAAAUUUGACAUACACAGAAAAAAUGUAUUUGCAUAGCAACAAGCUUACUGGAUCGAUUCCUCCUGAGCUCGGGAACAUGACAAAGCUUCAUUACUUGGAAUUGAAUGAUAACCAUCUUUCGGGGCGUAUUCCACCUGAGCUUGGGAAGCUUACCAAUUUAUUUGACCUAAAUGUUGCUAACAACAAUCUCGAGGGGCCAAUCCCGGAGAAUCUUAGUUCAUGUACAAAUCUCAACAGCCUCAAUGUGCAUGGGAACAAGCUUAAUGGAACGAUUUCAACAGCUUUCCAAAGGCUGGAGAGUAUGACUUAUCUAAAUCUCUCCUCCAACCAUCUUUUGGGUGCCAUUCCUAUCGAGCUAUCUCGGAUUGGUAACCUGGACACAUUGGACAUUUCCAAUAAUAAGAUAACUGGAUCAAUUCCUGCGUCUCUUGGCGAUUUGGAGCAUCUUCUAAAGCUGAAUUUGAGCAAAAACCAUUUAACAGGAAGUAUUCCAGCCGAGUUUGGUAAUCUAAGAAGUGUUAUGGAAAUAGAUCUUUCAAGCAACAGCCUCGCGGGUUCCAUACCUCCAGAACUCGGUCAGCUUCAGAACUUGUUUUCAUUGAGACUAGAACACAACAACAUUUCGGGUGAUCUAAUGUCAUUGCUCAAUUGCCUCAGCCUUACUCUACUAAAUGUAUCUUACAACAACUUAGCAGGCAAUAUUCCCACAAACAAUAACUUCUCAAAGUUUUCACCAGACAGUUUCAUUGGAAACCCUCGUCUAUGCGGCUACUGGCUUAGCUCAUCAUGUCAUGUGCCUCAUCCAACCGAGCGAGUUACUAUAUCGAAAGCAGCUAUCCUCGGGAUUGCUCUUGGUGCUCUUGUGAUACUUCUCAUGAUCUUAGUUGCAGCAUGUCGGCCUCACAAUCAAGUACCUUUCCCCGAUGGUUCGCUCGACAAGCCAGCUGUUUAUUACUCAACACCAAAGCUAGUCAUUCUUCACAUGAAUAUGGCGCUUCAUGUCUACGAAGACAUUAUGAGGAUGACUGAGAAUUUGAGCGAGAAAUACAUAAUUGGUUACGGUGCAUCAAGCACAGUAUACAAAUGUGUUCUUAAGAAUUGCAAGCCGGUUGCUAUCAAAAAGCUUUACUCCCAUUACCCUCGGUGCCUCAAGGAAUUCGAGACAGAACUCUCGACGGUUGGAAGCAUCAAACAUCGAAAUCUUGUCAGCCUUCAAGGAUACUCAUUGUCCUCUUCUGGUUACCUUCUUUUCUAUGAUUACAUGGAAAAUGGUAGUCUUUGGGAUUUCCUUCAUGGUCCUAGCAAAAAGCAAAAACUCGAUUGGGAUACUCGCCUCAAGAUAGCGCUCGGUGCAGCCCAAGGACUAGCCUAUUUGCAUCACGAUUGCAGUCCACGCAUAAUCCACAGAGACGUGAAAUCGUCCAACAUUUUGCUAGACAAGGAUUUCGAUGCCCAUCUUACAGAUUUCGGCAUUGCCAAGAACUUGUGCAUCACAAAAUCAUACACUACAACUUACAUAUUGGGCACCAUUGGUUACAUAGACCCCGAGUAUGCUCGAACUUCGAGGCUUACUGAGAAGUCUGAUGUUUACAGUUAUGGGAUUGUUCUACUCGAGUUACUAACAGGAAGAAAAGCUGUUGACAAUGAAUCAAAUCUCCACCAUUUGAUAUUGUCCAAAACAGCAAACAACGCGGUUAUGGAGACUGUAGACCCCGAAAUCACAGCUACAUGUAAGGAUCUCGGGGCGGUUAGGAAGGUAUUUCAACUUGCAUUGCUUUGCAGCAAGAAACAACCAACUGAUCGGCCAACAAUGCAUGAAGUAACACGAGUUCUCAGCAGUCUCUUGCCAACUAAACUGGCUUCUACAGCAACAGCGCAAUGCACACUCUCUUCAGCAGGAGGUGCAGCCAAAGUUUCGGGCUAUAUCGAUGAGUAUGCAAAUAUCAAGACACCCCACAUUGUCAAUUGCCCAUCAAUGAGCACAUCAGAUGCACAAUUGUUUGUCAAGUUUGGUGAGGUAAUUUCUCAGAAUAGUACUGAGUGAAAUCAAGAAAAGUAAAAAAAAAAAAAACAUUAUUAUAAUUAGUAUUAUGGUUAGUUUUGUUAAUGAAAAAUAGAUGGAGAAAAAAUGUUAUAUAGAGAAAAAAAAAUUGAAGGGUUAGUUUGUAAAACUUGAGAAAAUGUUUCAUGGAUGUUUUUGUUAUGAAAUUUGUAAUCACAAUGUAAAAAAAAUUAAGGAAGAAUGAUUUUUCAAAAAAUGGGGUCCCUCUUGUUUUUCUUUAAUUACACUAUGUUUGGUAGAAAGGAAAGAAAGAAAGUUAGGUUGUUUGAAAUUACAA